AUGUUUCGGGUCGAGCACGCGAAUACGAUUCGCCUUUAUUUGUCCCGCCUCCCGGUUUCCUCCCCCCGUGCCUUGUUUCUCCCCCCGCCCCGUUCCUCUUUUCCCCCAGUGGCGGCGCUGAUAGGGAUGCGCGUGGCCUUGGGAGUGACGGGUGGCAGUGGUGGCGCACCAGCGGGAUUGGUUCACUUCUUCAGCUCCCCCAACAACCCCUCUCCUCCCCCCAUCUCUCCGCUCCCGAUUUCCCUCAGUGGCGGCGCUGAUAGAGAUGCGCGUGGCACUGGGACGUUGGCGCUGAUAGAGAUGCGCGUGGCCUUGGGAGUGACGGGCAUGCAGUGGUGGCGCACCAACGGGAAAGUCGUGUGCGGCGCGUGGAUAGGCGUCGAGUGCGACACCAGGGGGAACGUCGUCUCCGUCACGGCUUACAACGUGAUCACCAUACCGGGUCUGCUCCCGAACAGCUUCACGAAGCUUAAAACCCUCACCUACCUCGAUCUCUCCUCCAACCGACUCAAUGCGUCACUCGACCAAUUCGCCCGCCCCUUGCUGCACCUCCCCAACCUCCGCGUUCUGAGUCUGAACAACAACAAGCUCUGGGGUUCCGUGCCCUCCUACCUGCUGCAGAAACCGAAUCUUCAGAAACUCCUCCUAUCGCGCAACUUCCUCACAGGAACUCUCCCCCCCAAGAAAUCCAAGACCCUCGGUACCCUCUCAAUCGCCCACAACUUUAUCCGCGGCCGCUUCCCCUUCACCAUGUCAUGCAACACCGUGGGUAACUGCUUCGAUAACCCCGGGGCGCGAUGUACUAGUUACCCUCAGCGCACGCCGUCCCGUUGCCUGGCCCAGUGUGGGGGAGCGGAGGUGGGCGGAACGGCUGGUACCGCUGCUACUGCUGCUUCUGCUGCUCUCAGUACCGCUACUGUCAGUAUUGCUGCUGUCACUACUACUGCUGGCCCCGCAAGAAGCCCUGCUGCUCUGAUAGCUGCUGCUGCUGCUGUCGAUGCCGCUGCUGCUUCCGCUGCUGCCGCUGCUCGUUCUACCCCUCGCACUGCUGCGUCCGCCUCUCCAACCGCUCUCAAACCCACCAACACCACCACCACCGCUGCCUCCUCCUCUUCUUCCCUCUCUAAUCCAUCGCCGGUCUACUCAGCAGCGCCCUUCCUGACGCCCUGUGGGGGCUACGGGCGGUGCCUGCCCAGUGUGGACGACUCCCCUGGGGAUGUUUCUGCUUCUCUCCUCCCGGCCACGCAGUGGACGUGCAUGUGUGCUGCUGGAGCCACUCUGAAAGACAACGACGUAUGCG